AUGACUGUGAGCUCCCGGCAAAUAAUCAUUGGUGCUCUCCUGGGACUCUGCCUGACUCAGGCCCUGGCGGACGAUUCCGUCAAUGAAAACAACCAAGGAAACGAUGGUGGAAACAGCCACCAGAACGUGAACAUCAACAACCAAGACCACACUGCCAAUAUCAACAGCUACAAUGGUUGGAAGGGUUGGGCUGCAGUCUGGGACUAUAGCAAGGAACUUUUUGCCACCAGGCUGUUCAACAAGAGGGCUUGCAUUGUUGCAAAGAUGAAUAAAGAUGCAUUCCCAAGUCUGGAGAAACUCAGCAAGUUCAAGGACCAGAAGCCAGCCAAGGGUACGCCACCACCACCUUUCCUGAGAUUCUCGAUUACCAAGACCCGCGUCAGGAAUGUUGCCCAGUUCGGAAGGUCCAUUGGCAAUCUCUGUAAAGGAGUCCCUACGUACUACGCACAACAGGAUCAGGGAGGAGCCCUGUUGUUUGAGUCUCAAGGCUGUGCUGAUGCUGGAAUCCUGGGCCUGUUUGGCAUUUACCUGUGUGGCAACAUCUCAGGUUGCUAAGCUUAGCUGUUGGUUAUCAUUCAGGAGCCCCAUUGCAUUGGGUUUUUUAUUCUCUGUUCACCUUAUCUGUCUCUUUAGUUCUAUUUUUAGAAAUACACCAUUUCAUACUUUCCAUUGUUUGAUUU